GCCUCGUCCUCCUCCGUGCGCUGCGCCGGGUCGGCCGGGCGUCGCGGAGCGCCGCGGAGAUGUCGGAUUUUGACAGCAACCCGUUUGCGGACCCGGAUCUGAACAACCCCUUCAAGGAUCCAUCAGUUACACAGGUGACAAGAAAUGUUCCUCCAGGACUUGAUGAAUAUAAUCCAUUCUCGGAUUCUAGAACACCUCCACCAGGUAGUGUGAAAAUGCCUAAUGUACCUAAUACACAGCCUGCAAUAAUGAAACCAACAGAGGAACAUCCAGCUUAUACACAGAUUGCAAAGGAACAUGCCUUGGCUCAAGCUGAACUUCUUAAGCGCCAGGAAGAACUAGAAAGAAAAGCUGCAGAAUUAGAUCGUCGAGAAAGAGAAAUGCAAAACCUCAGUCAGCAUGGGAGAAAAAAUAAUUGGCCACCUCUUCCCAGCAAUUUUCCUGUGGGACCUUGUUUCUACCAAGAUUUUUCUGUAGACAUUCCUGUAGAAUUCCAAAAGACAGUAAAGCUUAUGUAUUACUUGUGGAUGUUUCAUGCUGUAACGCUGUUUCUAAAUAUCUUCGGAUGCUUGGCUUGGUUUUGUGUUAAUUCUGCAAGAGCAGUUGAUUUUGGAUUGAGUAUCCUGUGGUUCUUGCUUUUUACUCCGUGUUCAUUUGUCUGUUGGUACAGACCACUUUAUGGAGCUUUCAGGAGUGACAGUUCCUUCAGAUUCUUUGUCUUCUUCUUCGUCUACAUAUGUCAGUUUGCUGUGCACGUGCUCCAGGCUGCAGGCUUUCACAAUUGGGGUAAUUGUGGUUGGAUUUCCUCCCUUACUGGCCUCAACGAGAACAUUCCUGUCGGCAUCAUGAUGAUAAUCAUAGCAGCACUCUUUACAGCAUCUGCAGUAAUCUCACUAGUUAUGUUUAAAAAAGUACAUGGACUGUAUCGCACAACAGGUGCUAGUUUUGAGAAGGCCCAACAAGAAUUUGCAACAGGUGUGAUGUCCAACAAAACGGUCCAGACUGCAGCUGCAACGGCAGCAACUAGCGCGGCUCAGAAUGCUUUCAAGGGUAACCAGGUGUAGAGACCCUCCCACAGUACACUGUUACCUUUUUUCUCCAGUUACUGUAUCCUACAAAUAUUUUUAUGUUGGAAACACGCAGUUCACACAGCAUGGGUAUUUCCUAUUCACAUGUGCAUGGGCUAAAACUUCCUUGUCUUAUUACUUUGCUGAAUAGUUUAACAUUUCAUUGCCCCCACAGAAAAAAAUAUUAUAUGGUAAAUAAAUAUUCUCCAUAUUUUUUGGGGGAUGACCAGAUUAUUCCAGUGGUGACACUGAAAUUACUGUGACUUAUGACUAAAAAGCAUCAAUGCUAACUACAGUAGUUCUUCCAAGAUAAGGAUUAUACAUUGGAAGUAAAACCAUGUUUCUUUUCCUUUUCCCUAUUAAUAUUGAAAGAAUGAGGCUAGCGGAGACUUGCAUAUUUUUAAAUUAGCUUGCUUUUUCUCGGGUUCAGUCACCAGUGAAGAGCCUGUGUGCUUAACAGUAGAUAAUGUAUAUUUUACCUUCUUUUUAUUUUUAGAGUAGUUGAUAUUUUGAUAACAAUCUCUGAUCUUGCAUGGGUACCAUGUUUCUUAAGCUAGUAUUUUGGGUUCUGUACUGCUUAUAGUUGUAGGAAUUGGGAGUUGUUUAUAUGCUCAGAAAUGAUUUUCUGUAAUAGUUUCUUGUAAGUAGAAAUUUAUUGGGGUAUAAAGACUUUAAUAUAAUGUGCAGUGCAUUAUCCAAAAGAGGGUAGUUAAUUAAUGCAAUAGAAUGUUGUGACAAUAAUUCUUAUUUUUUUUAAAUUUCAGUAUUCAUAUAGUAAAAAUUUACUAUAUGGAAACUAGGGUAUAUUCUUGUAGCUCCUCUUCUUAAUUGAACUGAAAUUGUGUUUGGCAGCUUAUUUUGUGUGUGUGUGUGUGUGUGUGUGUGUGUGUGUGUGUGUAAGUUGGUUAGUUUUGAAAGAGGUAUUAAAGGCCAGCCUAACCCUUGAAUAAAAAGAACAUACAGUAUUCAAGAGAUUUUUUUUAGCCUCUCACUUCUUUUUAAGACUAAAAAAAAAAAAAAAAAAACUCUAAUAUUUGUCAUAUACUU